AUAAAAAUCACAAUGGCAUUAAAAACGUACGGCGAUAAACCGAUAAGUUUUCAGGUGGAAGAAAAUGGCGAAUAUUAUUGCGUUGGCUCGGAGGUUGGAAAUUAUUUGCGACUCUUCAGGGGCAGCUUGUACAAGAAGUAUCCGGGCAUGUCCCGGCGCUUGCUGACCAACGAAGAGCGUAAACGCUUGUUGGACUCCGGAAUCAGCAACCAUCUGCUGUCCAGUUCCGUGUCCCUGCUAAAAGCGACAGAAGUACAGGACGUAUUGGAUGGAAAUGAUGAAAAGUAUAAGGCCGUGUCGGUGCACACGUCCGAGCCACCAGCGCCACGGGAAAGCAAAUCCAGCAAGAAGCAACCGCCAUGGGUUCCAACAAUGCCCAACUCGAGCCAUCUGGACGCAGUACCGCAAGCGACACCGAUCAAUCGGAAUCGCGUGUACAACAAGAAAGUGCGCACGUUCCCGAUGUGCUUCGAUGACACCGAUCCGACGCUGAAUGUGGAGAAUGCAUCUCAGACGGAAAUUUUGGUUCCGAUUCGUUUGGACAUGGAAAUCGAGGGCCAAAAGCUGCGAGACACAUUUACGUGGAAUCGGAACGAGUCCAUGAUAACACCGGAACAAUUUGCUGAAGUGUUAUGCGACGAUUUGGACCUCAACCCAACACCCUUUGUGCCGGCAAUUGCGGCCGCCAUACGACAGCAGAUUGAGGCGUACCCGAAUGAGCCGGUCGUACUGGAGGAAGGUUCCGAUCAGCGGGUUUUGGUGAAGCUCAACAUUCACGUCGGAAACACGUCGCUGGUCGACCAGGUCGAAUGGGACAUGGCGGAGAAGGAGAACAAUCCGGAGGAGUUUGCUAUCAAGCUGUGUGCCGAGCUGGGCUUGGGAGGAGAAUUUGUUACAGCCAUCUCCUACUCCAUCCGGGGACAGCUGUCGUGGCAUCAGCGCACCUACGCGUACAGUGAAACUCCGCUUGCGACAGUAGAGGUACCGUUCCGGACACCGAGCGAGGCCGAUCAGUGGGCCCCAUUUCUGGAAACGCUCACAGAUGCCGAGAUGGAGAAGAAGAUACGGGACCAGGAUCGAAAUACGCGUCGCAUGCGACGUUUGGCUAACACAUUUACCUAA